AUGUGUGAUACAAAUUGGUGCACUUUCUGUGAUUGUGCCGUCAGUCCAUUUUCGAAGUCAAUCUAUUGCUCAGAAGAUUGCUUUAAGCGAGAUGCUUUACUGCACGACUCUCUCUAUAAAGCUCACAUCGAACAGCAGAAGCAGCAGCAAGAACAGCAGCGCUAUUUGAGCCCAAAAAUCACAAUCAACAAGAGCAGCAUUCAUGACAACUACAUGCCUGAAUAUACCCAACAAACUCGUCGUGAAAGCAGUAGCAGCAUGUGUAGUGAAGACCUUGCAGCCAUGCAUAUGGGCAUGAUACCCUGCUCUCCUCCCUCCAAAGCAGCUCCUCGAUUGUCGACAUCUAUCUCGCUUGCAAGCAGCCAUAGUGACACAAUAUUACGCACUCCUCCCCUUUCAUAUAAUGAUGUGCCCAUUUAUGAGAAAAUAACAGAAUCGGAUGUGCCAUUCAACAAUACAGCACCUCAACUCUAA